GUACGAAUCCAAUUGAUUCGGUAUCUUUCUGCUUCGGAUCACCUUAUGGCGCCUUAGACGGGCCGUCGCUGCCGUAUCGUUCGCGUUAAUUCGCUGGCCUGCCAACAGGCACGCCUUCCAGCAGGAACCAUCCAUCCAUCCCAUCCCAUCAGCAUAUAUUUAACCCGCCACGGGUUCCUCCCUCCAUCCGUCCUCUCUUCUCCUUCUUUCUCUUACGUACUUAAACCAAUUUCCAACCCACUUCUUCCAAUUCAUCAACAACUCUCUCACUUCUCUCAUCUUCAACCCACCUUUCUCACACACAACCAAUCCAUCACAAUGUCUGGCCUCAACCCCGGUGACAGCUUCCCCUCCGACGUCGUCUUCUCCUACAUCCCCUGGGCUGAGGAGAACAAGGAGAUCCAGGCUUGCGGUAUCCCCAUCAACUACAACGCCUCCAAGGAGUGGGCCGACAAGAAGGUCGUCCUCUUCGCCCUCCCCGGUGCUUUCACCCCUGUCUGCUCUGCUCGCCACGUCCCCGAGUACGCCGAGAAGCUCCCCGAGCUCAAGGCCAAGGGUGUCGACGUUGUUGCCGUCCUUGCCUACAACGAUGCCUACGUCAUGAGCGCCUGGGGUAAGGCCAACAACGUCACUGGUGAUGACUUCCUCUUCCUUUCCGACCCCGAGGCCCGUUUCUCCAAGAGCAUCGGCUGGGCUGAUGAGGAGGGCCGCACUGGCCGCUACGCCAUCAUCAUCGACCACGGCAAGGUCACCUACGCCAAGCGUGAGCCCGCUAAGAACCACCUCGAGUUCUCGAGCGCCGAGACCAUCCUCAAGAACCUGUAAAUGCACCAAUUUCCAAUACCAUAGAGGUUGCAUGGGCUUGAUAGACGGCGUUGAACUUUAGCUUUGUGGGAUAAUGACCUGGAAUAAAGGCAAAACAAAAAGUCAUGUUAGAAAGAGCUAGACUUCCCACUAGAUACUUGAAGACAUUCAACGCAUUACGAUGCUAUGAAAUUUGAUCCAUUGCAACCUUAGUGAA